UAGAGGGUUCGGUACCGUUACAUUCAUGACUGAGGACGGCGCAGAGCGUGCAAGACGUCUCUUUGAUGGGUAAGUUCAGCCUCGUGUUGUGCCCCCUGCCGGUGGUAGGUGCGGCUUGCCUUCUUCCCCACCCCGGUCCCUGUUGAAUAUUUUCAUAAUGUUCCUAUGAUCCCUGACUCUUCUUCCAGGUAUGAGUACCAUGGCAGGCAACUAAAGGUUCACUACGAUAAAUUUGCGCAGUCAUCGCAGGUGUAUGCACUCGGCGUUACUCCACAACAGACUUCUUGUCCAUCAUCGCUAUUAACCGCUUUUGACCCCCUUAGUCAGACAGGUCAAUUAGCGCUAAACCAGAAUAACCUCGGUGUCCUUAUACACCCACACCCUCAGACCCAUAUCAAUUCUCUCCUAAACCACGCACAGAUAGAGCCGUCCUUAUCCCCUGCCCACUUCGAUCAAGCACGACUGCCGUCAUUAGCCUCUUCCCCACCUCACCUUCAUUCACUUGCCCAGUCCCCAUUAUUACACAGCAGUGCUUCUCACUCACUUUCUCCUGCAUCGAUCUCCAAUGCACAGGUACACACACACAACGUCAUGCAAACCCCACCUCAUUCGCUUUCACUUUCCCGUUCGCUUACCGCGUCGCCACAUAUGACGUCUUCGAGUUCGGCAUCAAGUAUAUUUGCUGCACAUGCUGGAUACAUACCGGGUUCGCUUGCUGGUGAUGUGAAAUCAAGUAGUGGUGUGCUCCCUCCUGCUGUUGGUGGCAGUCUUGGGGCCGUACUCACAUCUUCGGUUUCGGUGGCAGAUUUGAGAACGAAGUCAGAUACGCGUACCUCUCGGGCAUCGUCGAAUUUUGGGACAUCACCUCGGCCGAGCUCUCAUCAGACUGGGACAACGAGUUUUGUGGUGUCACCUCCGCCUUCAUCUACGACAUCAAAUGCGGGUGGAGUGGGCAAUGUACACAAACUAACGAGCAUGAGUACGGGUCCAUCGAGGAUGGAGUUAGUUGCUGAGGCACCGAGUGGCAUCAAUGGACUCGGUUCUGCUACUUCUCAACGACCUGAUCUAUCAAACUUGAUCCAUCCAUCCUUCGCCGCACCCGUAUCUGAGUCGGGAUCGGCCGAGCGACCAAAACUCAAUUCGUCUCUCUCGGCGCCUUCAGGACCGAGUGUAGUCCCCGCUUCGUCAUUGCCAUCACUUGUACCUGUGUCCUUGUCGCAAUGGCACAAGGUGUGUUUGCCUGAAGGUGGCCACGGUUCUCAGCCUUCCGGAUCUGCUUAUACUCACCAUUUAUCUUGCUCGUCGUCCUCGGAGAGUGGUACAUUGGCUACCUCGGCUUCCCCGCCCUCUACAGCAUUUUUGGGUGCAUCUCGAGUUCUAGGAGCCUCGAUAGCAGCGUCGUCGCCAUCUAGCUUUCCAGCUUCUCGAUCCGGCUCUCACCCGGCAUUUGGAUCGACAUCGAGGGCAGCAUCGCCGCCUUCCUCUCUUGGCGCCAGUGUCAGCAGUAGAUGGCCAGAUUUAGCGGACAUGUCUAUGCAAGCGCAAACCCAGAGCACGUCAUCUUCGACACGGGGCUCUCCAAGCACACGUUCAUUGUUAGGUUCUACAACGGAUGUUUCCCCGAACUCGAAUGCCAUAUUUGAGUCAAUCCGUGGAGAGACAGGGGAUGCUUCUUCUAGUGUGGAUGUGGGAAUACCAGAUGCUAAAGCAAACGGGUGCGUUCUUCGAAACGGGAACAGGAAAGGAAGUAGAGAAGAAGGCAAGGGAGGAACCGGUAACGGGGAUACAGUGGAACGAGCUACUACAAUGCUUGGAACACUUGGGCUCAGGCGAGCGGGUAAAGUGCAAAAUCGGCACCAGGCAUCUCCAUCGCUGGAGGAAAAGAAAAAGGCUGGGACGUAUUCCAUGAACCCACAAUCUCCUACCCCAUCUACCUCUUCAAUGUCUGAUGGACAAAAACAACAUGGACACGGUCCGCAGGCGACGCCGGGUACAAACAACUCUAAAAAGCCCUCUCAAUCCGGCCCGCAUCAUCGUCAUCCCGGACCGAUAUCUUUACCACCUCCAGCGCCAUUUACAUUGCCGCACUCCGUCAUGCACUCUCCAUACGGGCACCACCCCCAGAGUCCGGUAUAUCGCCCGGGGACAGGGUACCCCCUCAGCCCUAUGUACCCUCACCCUCAUGCCCAUCCGCACCUCCACGGACAUGUAUUGCAUCCGCUUGGAAGUCCGCUUCACCAUCCAGGUGCAGUACAUGUGCAUAGCCCCUUGCAUCACCCCAGCCAACCGCCCCCGGCUGCCUACGGCGCACCUGGGGUUGCGUACGGAGUGGUCACGCCUGCUGGUCUCCCCCCAAUUACACCGAGCAUGCCUCCUUUCAUGUUCUCGCACCCCCGGACGCAGGACCAGAGUCAGGUACAGCAGGCCGGGUCUAAAAACGAGGAAAAGAAAAAUGAAGAGAGGAAUCUAAGCGCAGGGAAUGACGCGAUACAAACGCAGUCUCAACAAUCAUGUAGUCAGUCACGAAGUGACGUCCAGAACAAAGUUCAGACACAGUCUACCCAGCAUCCCUCCUACUAUACCCAACCAUCCGUCGCUCUUCCUGGCUCUUUCUCAUAUGGUCCACCGCUGUUCUCCCCCGGCAUUCCGCUCUCGCCCGGCAUACCCCUGUCACCGGGAGUAUUGGUUCCUGUUCCGCCCGUUUCGCUGUCAUUGCCGAGCGCGCCAGAUCUGUCAAUGUCAGGACCGUUGAGUCCUGUGCGAGGCGUGCCAGUCGCCGGGCAAGCAGUAACAAUGACUCCUGGUGUAGCGAUGACACCGGGUGUGACAAUGACUCCUGGAGCUUUCUGGUCGCAUGCACCGUGGCUGAAUCCUGUCGUUGGCGCACCUGUGCAUACUCGUGCGCCUAUUAGUGAGAGUGAGAGUGUAAGUGUUAGGCACGGACACAGACAGCGUGACUCAUGGCAUCAGCAGUACCAUGGUCAAAGUCAGGCGGGAGAUUACUUCCCUCCAGUUCCGCCCCAUAAUCCGUCGCAGCAGGCUCCGUCACCUCCAAAGCCGAGUGGAGAAAUAGGCUACUUCCCUCCGGUGAGUGUCGCGGACGAGAUUUUGAAAAACGGUAGUACGUUGGGGGCGACAUCUAGUGAUGACGAAUCGCGAACUGGACGGGAGUAUAAGGACGAAAGUCCCCAGAGUGUGACCACUGGUAUGGGCACGAACGGAGGUAGCAGCGAAUCUCCGGCUGCACCGGCGACGAGUCCAGCUACUCGUGACUGCGGAGAAAAGAGGAGCACGGACGUGGGGUGUGGGGUUCACGUAAUCAGGCGGACGACAUCCGCGCAGUGUGAUGGAGGACUUGCGAGAAGAGGAGUCCUACCUCACCGAGAGUCUGACCCAGCUCUCACGACGAUUGGAGCAAGCACAUCCAAGGAGGUUUGAUGGGUGGGUGGUUCGUAUGAUGGAGUUCGGUUGCUUCGUUUGUGAUCGAGC